AGGAAGGAAGGAAGGAGAGUUUCACUGAGAAAGUGACUGUUGAGAGGGAAAGAAUUCAAUUAUUGUGUUUAUUGCUGAUUAAAAGGUUUUGCUCCUAAUUUAAUACUGAAGAUAUUUGAAGAAAGACAGAGCCUGAAUGGAAAAGGAGAGGCUGGACAGAGACUGUUAUUUGAUUUGUACCCUGCUAUGUUUAUUUCUGCAUUGAUUCAAUUUAUAUGGCCACCGAUCUCACAUACAGGACUGGGGAGGGGUGUAUGUUACAGAAUUAAAAUACAAAAAAAAUAUCUAAAAUUACCAAAAUCAUAACAACGACAACAAAACUAUUCAAACAAUAAAAACUGUUACAAAGUCACACACAAAAAACAUAAUCUGCAAGAAACUUUAAGGAUAAGCAACAAGAAUCAGCCAAGAAUUUAUGGACCAGUGACAAAGCGGCUAUAUUCACAUUAUGCUCAUAAACUGGUUAUGGAUUAAUCUAUACUCUGGCUUGUUCAAUAUACCAAACAAGAAGACACAAACCCUUAUGAAGCCCACAGCCAGUUCCAGGUCUUUCAGCCGAGAGGAUGAUGCGGAUGAAUGCAAAGUCAAGCAACCAAGAAGAGAUUUCAAGGCACCCCUUACUUUGCCGGUUACUCCCUCUCUGUACGAUGCCCCUUUUCCCUUUUAUCGGCGGCCAGCUGAAAUAGGACGCUUUUCCCUAGAUGCCAAGCGGUGCUUCCAUGGAGAUGCUCGUCAGCUGCGCUACUAUGCCCCACCCCCUUCCGAAGGCCCCUCCCCUGGAUUUGACUUGCGGGAUGGCUACCGCGACCGCUACGUGCAGCGGGAUGACAGCAUCCGUGAAGGCCUGGAGCACCUGCUGAAAUGGAUUGUGCAGAACCGGAAGCAGUUACAGACUGAGGACAAAGGAAAGCUCCUGAAUGCUGACUUUGUGACUUGGCGGGGGCAUUUCACCAAAGUGCUGACCACCCCAUACGAGAACCGAGAGGGAUGGUUGCUGGCGGUCACUCUCUUCCGAGGGACUUUGUACAUUAGCGAGUUUGAAACGGAGGCUGCCCGCAAAGAGCGGGAGCAACGCUCAGAAAUGCUGAAGGAGCUCAUGUACAUGGGAUACAAAUUUGAGCAAUAUAUGUGUGCUGAUUCUCCAGAUGGGAUUCCUGAUCCAACUGGAGUAGUGAAUACAAAUGAAGCUUUCUGCACCGUGAUUCGGUCCCGCCUGGGAAGUCACUCACUUGUCUUCUCUGGAGAGGUAGAUUGCACUGAUCCCCGAAGCCCUUCGCCGCAGCCUCCUACUUGCUACAUGGAACUGAAAACUAGCAAAGUCAUGCACAGCCCUGCUCAGAGGAGAAGUUUUUACAGGCACAAGCUAAUCAAGUGGUGGGCCCAGUCUUUUCUUCCAGGGGUAUCCCAGAUUGUGGCAGGGUAUCGGGGGCCGGAUGGCUCAGUUGUAGGGCUGGAAACUUUUGAGACUAUGCAAAUAUUCAAACUCAUUCGGGACGAUCCAGGCUGUUGGAAGCCAGCUGUGUGUAUGAAUUUCUGUGCUGCUUUUCUAGCCUUUUUGAAGACGGUGGUGACGGAAGACAAUCCAAAGUUGGUUCAUCUCUUUGCCUGGAACCCAGGGCACGCGGUUUCCUUCACAGUGCAUCAGGAUUCUCAGUACCGUUUCCUGCCUGACUGGUACGUGGAUGCUCUGAGUGAGGAGAAGCCCCCCACAUCAUGACUCCUGGAUUGAUGCACUGGAAGUUAAGCUGGUUUUGGAGCUAGAAGCCACUGGGUGGUGGACAGAAACAGAUACCAAGAAGUCAGUUUCCUGCUACUUGGAGAACGGGAAGACGGCACGAUGGCACUGCUGUGAUAACAAAGGAAGGAAAAACCAACUGCCCGUGCAUUGUCUUCUGUUGGUGCUUCUGCAGCAUGUCCUUUCCCAUGUCAUCUGUGGUUUACAAACAAUAAAGGAGGGAGCCAAAGUGUACUUAUGAA